CCGCGCCUCCGCGCUCCCUGGCCUUCUGGGUAAUGGAGUUUCCGGGGCACUCCGCGCGCCCUCGGUCCCGGCAGCAGAGGCCCCAGGUCGCGGGACCCCCGCCGCUCGGCUGAUCUCCGCGGCGUGCGCGCGGACCCGCCGGCGGGGUCGGAGGCCCUGAGGAUGUCUGCGGCGUCCCGGAAGCCCAAGACGUUCAAGCUGCGCGCCCUGCACGGCCCCCAGAAGUUCGGGGUGGCGGGGAGCAGCUGCCAGGACGUGCUGCGGAAGGGCUGCCUCCUCCUGCAGCUCCCUGUCGCCGGCUCCCGCCUGUGCCUGUACGAAGACGGCGCGGAGCUGACCGCUGAUGACUUCUGGAGCGUCCCCGACGGCUCGGAGCUGGUGCUUCUCACCGCGGGCCAGACCUGGCAAGGCUACGUGAGUGAUCUCCGUCGCCUCCUCAGCGCCUUCCACAAGCCGCAGGAGGGGCUGAUCCAGGCCGCGCGGCAGCUGCUGUCGGACGAGCAGGCCCCGCUGCGGCAGAAGCUGCUGGCCGACCUUCUGCACACCGUCAGCGAGAACAUCGCGGCCGAGACCAGGGCCGAGGACCCGCCGUGGUUCGAAGGUUUGGAGUCUCGGUUCAGGACUAAGUCUGGGUACCUGAGGUACAGCUGUGAGAGCCGGAUCCGGAGCUACCUGAGAGAGGUGAGCUCUUACGCCUCUGUGGUCAGCGUGGAGGCCCAGGAGGAGUACUCCCGCAUCGUGGCCGUCAUGGGCCGGGAGCUCAGGGCGGCGCAGUACCACGGCACCUACUUCGACAGAGGCGCCAAGGCCGGUCGGCGGCUCUGCACACCAGAGGGCUGGUUCUGCUGCCAGGGCCCUUUCGACGUGGACGCCUGUGCAUCCAAACACUCCAUCAAUCCCUACGGUAACAGGGAGAGCCGUGUCCUCUUCAGCACGUGGAACCUGGACCACAUCUGUUGCUGCGGCGGGUCCCUGGGGUCUGAGUUGGAGAAGGGACGAGCGCGGUCCCUCGUGGGGACACCACGCCGCGCCUCCGCAGCCUCCCGGACCCUCACAGGAUGCGCCUGUAGCUCGGGGGCGUGUGUCUUCCGGUGCAGAGCGGUGCCCGCGUUCCCGGGCUGGAAGGCGUGUGUGGUCUGAGUUUCCACGUUACAACGCAGCCUGGGGCGAGCCUGGCGCGGGACAGGCCUGCGUGGUCUCCCCUUCCAGGCCGUGGCGGGGCGGGCCGUGGGCAGGUGGCACAGCCGCUCUGGGGACUGGUCAGGAAGGCCAAUUCUCGGGUCCCGCCUGCAAUUCCCCGGGCUCCGGGGACGGGGGGUGCACAUCGCAGGGAGAAGGGCCGUCCUGGUGCCUGGGCCACGGGGAGGGUGCAGGGUCUCACCCCUUCUGACGGGCACCGAGCGCCUAAAGAUGACGUGUGCCUCUUCAGCUCAUCGGCUGCUCCUUUCUGUGACUCGCUGCGGUGUGGGGACAUGGGUGGUGGGCUCGGUCCCAGGUUUAAGGGGUGGGUCCGGCCAGCCUGGAGCAGAGGGCAGGCCAGACGGCAGAGGCGGGAGCCCUGUCCCCCAACACCGUGGCUUCGAGCAUGUUUUCUCAGUAAAUACGGCUCUUAGGCCUUCCAGCAGGCCGGUGGCUUCCCUGUGCGUCUGACCUCCGGGCUCCUUUCCGAUUUCCGACGCCUGGUGUCCGUGCGGGUCCGUGGGCGGCCCGCGCUCUCCCGCCUGGGAAGACGGCCCUGUAGCCUGGACUGUCGCCUGCUUCUCUGGGGCAUCAGGGGUCCCCCUUCAGGCGUGGAAGGCGGGAUAGCACAGUCUCCGAGCGUCGGCUGCUCUCUGCCUCUUCGGUGGCCGUGGUCCAGCACCUUUGUCCUUGACCGCAGAGCGUGUGCGGGCUCAGGCCUUUCCCUCUGUUCUGACUGGGACUCAGCUUCUUUGUUCUGACAUCCCCCAAAGGGGGUCUGUGCCCUCUGUGGGGAGGGGGCGGCGGGAGCUCUGCACCCGGGGCUUUCCUGGACUCUACCCUGUGGGCCCCUGUCCUUGGCUGAUUUUCACUUGCGUCCUCGUGACCGUAAACCUCGGCUGGGAGGCGGAGCCUGUCGCGCACUCUCAAUCCUGUGGGUGGUGUCGGGAGCCCUGGGCCUUAGAGUUGGCAUCGGCAGAGAGGGUGGUCUCGGGAGCCCUCCCGAGUUGUCAGCUGUCUGUUUCAGAGGCUGUGGCCGGGUCUUUCUCGGGGGUCCUUGCCCACUGCCGUGCGCUCCUCGUGAUGUCGGUGUGUCUGGGUUCCGAGUUUCCUGUCAGCGGGAUUGUUUUUUGUAGAUGUUCUGUGUGUGCUGGCGUGUCCUGUCCCCACAGAGUGGUUUUGCCUUUGUUUCUGCCGCAUGCCCAGAGCUUUCAGUGGCUCCGAAACCACGGAGUAUUGACUUCCUGCUUGGCUCCCACACGAGCGGCGGCGUGAGGUCGGACUGUGUGUCCCUGAAGGGUGAGCCGAGGGUCCUGGCUUUCUGGGUGACUGGAAAUGCUCGUGUUGUUGGUGCUCCCGCAUCCUGUCCCCCGCUGCCUGCCCCUUGGGAACCCCCCAACCCCACGUGGGUCAGGCUCAGCUGUGUGGCUCCAGCAGAUGCCUGACAUGCCCCUGCUCACCGAGGCCUGUUCCCUGGGGAGAGCGCGGCCCCCAGGCCGCCCUCCAGCCAGCACAGCCACAGGAGUUUCAGGAUCAGCGGGAGCCCGGCCACACCCACCCCCACAAGCCCCCGUGGUGGGGCUGGGGAUGCCACAGUAGGUGGCCGAUGGGGUGGCUUUUUCUCCCUCCCCAGAGCCCGGGGCUCCCCGCCACUCCCCUUCCCGCACUCACGGCUGCAGUGGGGUCUCAGUCCCACCUCCCGGCUCUCCCCUUGGGCCCCAUUUUGGACCGUGGCCCUGGUGCACAGCACGGUGGUGGCUUACCCUGCGGGUCAAGUGUGGACGUCUCUGUUUCUGGCAGUGGGGCCCCCUCUUUCUUGUGAUCUCGAGUAUCCACUUCUUCCUUGUGUUUGGCGUUUCUCUGUGCUGUGGGACACGGGUCUGUGCAGUUGGUCCGCCAGCAUCCCUCCUCAUCAGCCCGCAGGCUUCCGUCCUUGCUAGUGCACGGGCCUCGAAUGGCUGGUUUGUAAGUGAAACAGUUUUAUGCCAAGCAGCAUGGACACACCCAGCAUGAGGUUGGAGCUGGACAGACAUUCGGCCCUUCUCCCAACGCUCUCCAGGGAGGACGAGGGGAAGCUUUACUUCUGGGGUUCCGGCAGGCAGGCGCUCGCUCCGGCAGCACCGUGAGGACGGGCAUUGGUGGGGACCGAGGCCACCGGGAUCUACCCCUUCCCCUCCUCCUUCCCGGGACUUAAAGAGGUCGUGGUCCCAGCUGUCCUGCGGGAGACAAGCCAGGCUGCCGCUUCCAGGCCGGGCCAGCGUGCGUGGCUGUGUGCGGUGGUGCCCCAGUGGACC